AACCCUCCCACUAAGCUUAUCUCUUUACCACAUUUCUCUAUAAAAAUGAUCUCUUCUCAUCUCCUUCAAUCCAAAAAAAAAUUCACAAAACCCUUUCAGAAUAUUUCGACAAAGUAAGCUGAUCAAAACCCAUAUUUCAGUUUUGUUUUUUUUGCAUCAAUGGCAUCAAGGAAGCUAUUUUUUGUCAAGCCUAAAUACAUCUAUCCAGAACCAGAACCAGUUAUGUCCGAUGAGAAUGUCUUUGAGUUCGACGAAUCUGAUAUUCAUAAUUUAGGUGAUCACCAGCUGCAGAAUUCGUUUGACGCCAAGAGAUCGAUAUCAAUCUCUCGGUUACGGAGAAAACCGACGAAAACCGGAGAUUCUAUCGGUUCUGAUAACCGGAAUAUCACAAAAACCGGUUCGCUUCCGGUUAAUAUCCCCGACUGGUCUAAGAUCUUGAAGAGUGAGUAUAGAGGUCAUGCGAUACCUGACGACGACAGUGACGACGAAGAGGAUGAGGACGAUGAAGACGUCAACGACGGUGGAAGACGGAUCAUUCCGCCGCACGAGUAUUUAGCACGGCGGAGAGGAUCGUCGUUCACGGUGCACGACGGUAUCGGUGGUACGGCGAAGGGAAGAGAUUUGAGGCGAUUGAGGAACGCGAUUUGGGAGAAGAUUGGGUUUCAAGAUUAGUACUACGUAAUUUAAUUAUAUAACUCCUACUAUAGGUAAAUAUAGAUAUGUUAGUUAAUCUAUUAGUUAAUUACUUAGAUCUUAAGUAAGGACGACUUCGUGUUUUUAUUGGGGGAGGCAUCGUUGUAUAUAGUUCGGUCCGAAGGAGAAUUUUUCGAUUUCCUUUUUUUGUUUUUUUUGUUUUUACUUAUUUCGUUCUUAUAUUUUUUUUUUG